AUGGCACUGAUGCAGAACAGGACAGAUGUGACACACUUUCUCCUGCUUGGACUCACUGAUGAACCAGGACAACAGAUUCCCCUUUUCAUCAUCUUCUUCCUCAUCUACACCAUCACCUUGGUGGGCAAUCUGGGGAUGAUCCUACUGAUUGUCCUGGACUCUCGGCUCCACACUCCUAUGUACUUUUUCCUAGGCAAUCUGUCCUUAGUUGAUUUUUGUUACUCCUCAGCUGUUACCCCCACGGUUUUGACUGGGCUUCUUGUAGGAGACAAGAUCAUUUCCUACAAUGACUGUGCUGCUCAGAUGUUCUUUUUUGUAGCAUUUGCUACUGUUGAGAAUUACCUGCUGGCCUCAAUGGCCUAUGAUCGCUAUGUAGCAGUGUGUAAGCCCCUAUACUAUGCCACCACUAUGACUACAAGUGUGUGUGUAUGUCUUUCUCUAGGUUCCUAUUUCUGUGGUUUCCUGAAUGCCUCCAUCCACAUUGGGGACACUUUCAGUCUUUCUUUCUGUGGAGCCAAUGUGGUCCAUCACUUUUUCUGUGAUAUUCCAGCAGUUAUGGUUCUCUCUUGCUCUGACAGACAUGUCAGUGAGCUGGUUCUUGUUUAUGUAGUGAGCUUCAAUAUCUUUUUUGCUCUCUUAGUUAUCUGGGUAUCCUACAUAUUCAUUUUUAUCACUAUCCUAAAGAUGCAGUCAAGUGCUGGAUAUCGAAAGGCUAUAUCCACCUGUGCCUCACACUUCACUGCAGUAUCUAUUUUCUAUGGGACAAUCAUAUUCAUGUACUUGCAGCCCAGCUCUAGUCACUCCAUGGACAAUGACAAAGUUGCAUCUGUAUUCUACACCAUGGUCAUCCCUAUGUUGAAUCCUCUGGUCUACAGCCUGAGGAACAAGGAGGUCAAGAGUGCAUUCACAAAAGUUUUACUGAUGACAAAAUAG